AAAUAAUAAAAAACCAACCCCACCCACCGCACUCUCCCUCUCACUACACCACUCUGAAAAAAACACAAACAACAAAACACAGAGAUCACAGCCAUGGCGGCAAUGGCGCUUCGCAGGCUCUCAAGCUCCAUCAACAAGCCACUUCAACCUUUUGUCAAUGGCGGCUCCAUAUAUCACAUGUCCUCUCUGUCCAGCCAAGCAGCUCAGGAUAAAGAGAAAGCUCGUGCUACUUGGAUAAAGCAACUGAAUGAGCCGCUGGAGGUUGUCGAUCCCGAGAUUGCCAAUAUCAUAGAACUUGAAAAAUCUCGGCAAUGGAAGGGGCUUGAGCUUAUACCUUCAGAAAACUUCACAUCACUUUCUGUCAUGCAAGCCGUUGGGUCUGUCAUGACCAACAAGUACAGUGAAGGGUAUCCCGGUGCUAGAUACUAUGGAGGAAAUGAAUACAUAGACAUGGCUGAGUCCCUGUGUCAGAAACGUGCAUUAGAAGCCUUUCAGUUGGAUCCUGCAAAAUGGGGAGUAAAUGUGCAGUCACUAUCUGGAUCCCCUGCUAACUUCCAAGCUUACACGGCAUUGUUGAAACCUCAUGAAAGAAUCAUGGCACUGGAUCUACCUCACGGUGGACAUCUUUCUCAUGGUUAUCAGACUGACACCAAAAAGAUAUCUGCUGUGUCGAUAUUCUUCGAGACAAUGCCAUACAGAUUGAAUGAGAGCACUGGCUACAUUGAUUAUGAUCAGUUAGAGAAAAGUGCCACGCUUUUCAGGCCAAAACUAAUAGUUGCUGGUGCCAGUGCUUAUGCACGCUUGUAUGAUUAUGAACGUAUCCGCAAGGUUUGUGAUAAGCAGAAAGCAAUUUUGUUGGCUGAUAUGGCACAUAUCAGCGGAUUGGUUGCUGCUGGUGUUAUUCCAUCUCCUUUUGAGUAUGCAGAUAUUGUUACAACCACAACUCACAAGUCACUUCGUGGUCCUCGUGGGGCUAUGAUCUUUUUCAGGAAGGGGGUAAAAAAUAUAAACAAGCAAGGGCAAGAAGUUUUGUAUGAUUAUGAAGACAAGAUCAAUCAGGCUGUCUUUCCUGGACUCCAGGGUGGUCCGCACAACCACACCAUAUCUGGAUUAGCAGUUGCACUGAAGCAGGUCAAAACUCCAGAAUACAGAGCUUACCAAGAGCAAGUUCUCAGUAAUUGUUCAAAAUUUGCAGAGAGCUUGCUAGAGAAGGGUUAUGAUCUUGUUUCUGGUGGAACUGAAAAUCAUUUAGUGUUGGUGAAUUUAAGAGACAAGGGCAUUGAUGGCUCAAGAGUUGAAAAAGUUUUGGAAUCAGUUCAUAUUGCAGCAAAUAAAAACACUGUUCCUGGUGAUGUGUCUGCCAUGGUACCUGGUGGCAUACGCAUGGGAACCCCAGCUCUAACAUCUAGGGGGUUUUUGGAGGAGGAUUUUGCAAAAGUAGCCGAGUAUUUUGAUGCAGCUGUGAAGUUGGCCUUGAAGAUCAAGGCUGCUGCCAAAGGUACUAAGUUGAAGGACUUUGUGGCAAUUCUGGAAUCAGAUGGUGAAAUUCAAUCUGAGAUUGCAAAGCUUCGCCACGAGGUUGAGCAGUAUGCUAAACAAUUUCCAACUAUUGGAUUCGAGAAAGAAACAAUGAAAUACGGUGAAUGAAGUCCUGACCACACAGAUCAUUGUUACAGGUCAAACCCCUAUCUCCACUCUGAUAAGUGAAUAAGCACAAUGCUUGACGUAAAUUGAAUUAUUUGGGAGCAUUUCUGUAGCGAAAUGCAGUUUCAUUCACUUUUAAUACACAAAAUACAAUCUUGCAGAUAACUUUUCUGAACACGAUUAAGUGUCUACCUCAAAGAUGUUUCCUAUACGAAAGGAGAUAGGGAUAAAAAAAAAUUCAAUACAAACUACGAAUUUAGUUUUUUUUUUUUUUUUUUCUAUUUCUUUUUCCUUUGCCGAUUGUAAUACUUGAUUACUUGAAGUUUCUUGUCCACAUUGUAACUCUGUUAUUUCUUCUUAGUUUCUCAAUAACCGAUGCUAUUUUGUAUCGA